GAUGACUGUUCCUGUGAUUAUGAGCACAAAUUGCAGGUCAUUAUCGAACAAGAUUAAUUACUUGGAUGCUCUAUUAUGUUCAAAUAUUUACCGUAAUACAGGUGUAAUAACGCUUCAAGAAACUUGGCUACACGACUCAUAUGAUGAUAAUUUAAUCUUACUAAAUGGUUUCAAUAUGUACAGACAAGACCGAAGUAGUUCAAGGAAGAAGCGAGGUGGUGGUGUUGCUACUUUUAUCAAUUUUCAGUGGUCUGUUGCCAACAACGUCUGUUUCAAAUUCUCAAAUGAUAAUAUUGAC